AUGGCCCCGCCGGAUGACGGGGACCGCUCGCCUCCAGCACAAGAAGGAGAGAGCAGCCUCAAGACUCUCAAGUAUCAUCUCUUGGGUCCGUCCCUGACAAAGGCGGGCCAGGACAAGGUUGACCAAAGCAAGGUCUCCGAGGUUAUUUACAACGCGUCCAAAGGGUCCAAGUUCUUUCGUCGAGAAGAAGAGCGAGACAAGGUUCUCACCAAGAAGAUCGAGCAAAUCCUCGUGCGCAAACGCGAAUUGGAGAAACGGGAUCUUACCCACGACCUGCGUCAUGCUGACCGACUGAUCGCGGAACUCGAGGUUGCCCGGGAUCUCACUCAGCACGUCGUUCACAUUGACUGUGACGCAUUCUACGCUGCCGUGGAGCAGCUUGAACGUCCAGAGUUGAAGGAUUUACCGUUUGCGGUCGGCGGCGGAGUCCUCACGACCUGCAAUUAUGUCGCUCGGCAGUUUGGCUGCCGCUCCGGCAUGGCUGGCUUCGUAGCCAAGAAGCUCUGUCCCGAGCUCAUCUUGAUAAAGCCAAACUUUCAAAAGUACACGGCCAAAGCCCACGAGAUUAGGGAGAUCUUGGCGGAGUACGAUCCGCGCUUUGAGAGUGCGAGCGUCGACGAGGCCUAUCUCAACAUUACGGAGUAUUGCACUGAGCAUGCCAUCGGUGCCGCGGAAGCAGUGGAGCAGAUGCGACGGGAGGUACACCAAAAGACCAGGAUCACCGUCUCCGCAGGAAUUGCCGCCAACACGAAGCUCGCCAAAAUCUGCUCCAACAUGAAUAAGCCGAACGGCCAGUACGUCCUGCCCAACGACAGGAACGCCAUCAUGGCCUUUAUGCGCGACUUGCCGACGAGAAAGGUCAACGGCAUAGGGAGAGUCUUGGAGCGCGAGCUGCUAGAAGUAGGCAUCAAGACGUGCGGCGACCUCUAUGGGCAGAGACAGUACCUGAACCCGCUAUUCGGGGAGAAGACCUUUGAGUUUCUCCUUAGUUGCUACCUUGGCCUCGGACGCACCAGGAUCCAACCUGCGGAAGACUACGAGCGGAAGAGCAUCGGCACGGAAGGCACCUUUGGUGAGAUGUCUGACCCGCACAAGCUUCGAGAAAAGCUGCGACACAUAGCGGAAGAGCUUGAAGAGGACAUGAAGCGAGCCGAAUGCAAAGGGCGCACCCUUUGUCUCAAGGUGAAACUGCAUACAUUUGAGGUUUUCACUCGACAGGUCGUCACGCCGAGGGCGAUUUACCUUGCCGAUGACCUCUACAAUUUCUCGCUGCCCAUGCUCGCGAAGCUAGAGCAGGAAAUGCUUGGCAUGAAGCUUCGGCUGAUGGGCUUGCGUUGCACGCACUUGGUCAGCACCAAAAAACCCGAUACAAUGGCCUUCUUUGGCUUCAAGCAGCGCAGGGCUGGGCUGGACGGAUUCAGUGAUCCAGCAGAAUUGAAAAGGAAAGACAUGGAGGCUUUUGGGGAGCAGGAUAUGUGGUCGCAGCUUGAAGAUGAUGCUGGUGCUGCCGAAGCGGCUGGUACCUUGCCUGCCACGUCGUCAGAUAUCACGGCGGACUUCGGCACUUCGACACCAUUUGCUAGGCACGGCAAAGAAAUCGUCCCCAACCCGAAGAAGCCAGAGCAAGAAGCACGAGACAAUUGGUGGGAUUGCCCGAUCUGUGCCCGGCCACAGGCGACAGACGAGCGACAAUUCAACGAACACAUCGACUUAUGUCUCUCCCGUCAGACAAUUCGGGACGCAGUCCAAGAGGAUGGAUCGGAACGACCGCGCUCAAGCACUCCCGAGGCAAAGCGGCCCAAGCUUGCUGAGAAGAAGAGAGGCAAAUCAUCAGCCACCGAUCCGAAGCAGAGAAAGCUUUUCUUUGGUUGA